CUAGCGUCACCGUCACCGUCACCGUCACCAAAACACGUUGUCCGUCGCUUUUUACCACCAUCACCAACGUCAGAGCAACGGGCCAAGCCAAUUCGAAAAUUGUUUUCUUGAGUCUAGCGAAUUUGAAAUGCCAAACAGUCGUUGUUAAGAAGUGAUUGUGGCCUCACACGCUCAACUCCAGCUCAGCUCAGCUCAGCGCUUAAGUACGGUGGCGAAAUCCACAAAAAGAAAGAAAGCAAGAAGUAAACUAAUCAAGCCAGUCAGCAAAUUAAACGCCUGUAAACGCUCGUAAUAUUAAACGAAAAAAGAUUUAACUCUUGCAAAAGCCAUAAUUUUUGGCAUAAAAAAUUAAGAUAAAAAAUAAUAAUAAUUCAACUGCAGACAUUUUGUGUAAUUCCGCGUUUUUUGUCUCCUUAAAAUUGUAGAUUUAACGCUAAAUUUUUAUUACCGUUAAAAGACAGCAGAAAAAGAUAUAAAAUGAAAUACUUCAACAUUACACUUUUGCUUGUCGUUCUUGCAUUGGCUUGCUGCAUCUCUCACACAUGGGCUCAAGAAGACGGCGCUGCACCCGCGCUCAAGCCAAGGCCGAGUCUACGUCGUCCAAUCGGUGGUAAAGCUGCCAAAACUACAACAACAGCAGCGCCACAAGUAGAGGAGGAUAAUGAAUACUAUGAUGCUGAAGGAAAUCCUGCUGAGGGUGAGGAUGGUGAGGAGGAUGGUGCCGCAAGCGCAAGCAGCACGACAACAACCACUGAAGCACCCAAGAAAACUGUUGGACCAGUCAUAAGACCAUUCCGCUCGAACGAUGAUUUCCUAAAUUCACUGAAACGUCGCCAACAAGACGCCAAGAAACACAGAUCUGUUGAGAAGCCAACACCAAGGAGCAAGCCAACGCACGCUAACGAUGAGGAUGGUGAUGAGGCUGCCGAAUCCGCACCAGCGCCAGCACCGGCGAAAGCAAUCAAGCCUGGCAAUCUAGCCUUGAAUCGCCGCAAAUUCGCGAAACCCAGCAACGCCGAGCCAGCGCCAGCUGAUGAUGCCGUCGCCCAGGAGUCCGAACAAGAGCCAAAAGAGCAAGCGAGACGUCAGACAACCGGCCGUCUGGCUUUGAGAAAACGCCUCUAAGCUAAUUAGAAAGAGGUGAAAUGAGUUUGAAAAUUUCUUUAAGAAAACACACAGAUAAGAACAAAAAAUUCUACACCUUUUAAUUUGAUAAUUUUUUUUU